UCUCAGUCUCUCUCACUCUCUCUCUCUCUCUCUCUCCAAAAGCCUCUCUUCAAGAGGAUUGAAGAAGGCAAGAAAUCAAGAUGGGUUUUUCUCAUGUCUCCUCAUCAUCUGAAAUUCACCGUCCAAGAAUGUGAAGUUGAGAGAUUGCAUUCCUCUCUCUCUCUCUCUCUCUCUCUCUCUCUCUCUCUCUAUGUGAAUAGCAGAAAAUGGGAAAGAAAUGCUAUGCUCUUCUGCUGCUCAUAUUCAUGGUCUUGUUGUUUGGAGGCUUUUCAUCAGUUUCAGCUGCUACUACUACAGGAAGAUUUGUAGGUGGGGUUUUCUCCAAUGCAUUGUCUGCACUCUGGAAAUGGCUUUGGUCAUUACAAACUAGUACAAAAACAGCGAUCUCAGGUGUAAAUCGCCCGGUGCUGAAGUUCGAGAGUUUAUAUGCUGUCGAGACGGUGUUUGAUGGAAGCAAAGUUGGAAUUGAGCCAUUCACUGUUGAGGUCUCAUCGAGUGGCGACCUUCUGGUGUUGGACUCUACUAACAGUAACAUGUACAGGAUAUCAUCGCCGCUAUCACGAUAUAGCAGACCAAAGCUACUUGCAGGCUCGGCAGAAGGGUACUCUGGGCAUGUAGAUGGGAAGCCAAGAGAAGCAAGGAUGAAUCAUCCACAGAGCUUCACUAUGGAUGACAGAGGAAAUAUUUAUAUCGCAGAUACCAUGAACAUGGCAAUCAGGAAAAUCAGUGACUCAGGGGUUACUACGAUCGCAGGUGGGAAUUGGAACAAGGGAGGAGGGCAUGUAGACGGACCGAGUGAAGAUGCCAAGUUCUCUAAUGAUUUCGAAGUGGUUUACAUCGCUAGCAGCUGCUCUCUUCUGGUCGUAGAUAGAGGAAACCAAGCGAUCCGAGAGAUUCAGCUCAAUUUUGACGACUGUGCCAGCCAAUAUGAUACUGGCUUCCCUCUAGGCAUUGCAGUGCUUGUAGCGGCGGGCUUCUUCGGCUACAUGCUGGCAUUGCUACAACGUAGAGUCUGUUCGAUUGUUUCUUCCAAAGAUGAACCUCGAACUUCUAUAAAACAAAGUCACUCAUCUAAUCCGUAUCAGAAGCCACUGAAGACAUCAUUCAGAUCGCCAUUGAUUCCCAUCGACGGUGAACUAGAGAAGCAAGAUGAAGGCUUCCUUUUCUCUCUUGGAAAUCUUUUCGUCAAUGUUGGCUGGUCCAUAACAUCAAUUUUCGGAGGAAUAUUUUCAGGUUUCAAAAAGAAGCCGCCAAACAACCAACAUCUGCACCAGUAUCAACAGCAGCGGCGGCCGCCAAACAUGUGGCCGCAGCAAGAAAGCUUUGUUAUCCCAGAUGAAGACGAGCCGCCUUCUCUGGAAACAAGGACCCCGACCCCUCCACGAAAGACGUAUGCCUUCAUGUCCAAGGAGUCUGAGAAAACCAAACAUUUCCGAUUGGGGCGGGGUCAUAACAACGGUUGGGAUGACGAAUUUCAGCAACCGCAGCAGCAGCAUCACCAACAAUAUCAACAGCGUCAUUAUUCAUCUGGCCCGCGUACUUACUACGAGCAGAGCUACGAGGCAACGAACGAGAUUGUAUUUGGGGCGGUUCAAGAACAAGAUGGACAACGACGAGCGGUGGAGAUAAAGGCUGUGGAUUAUGGACAUCCCAUGUAUGAUCAUCACAACAUCCGCCCCCGAAUAAAUUACAUGGGUUAUAACCAUGCCUAUUAAUAACAUUAUGAAAAAAUAGGCGCACUGUCACCACAGCCUUUUCUGUCUUUUCUUUCCUCAAUCUUAUUUGUUCUUCAAAAUUCAGCUUAAAAAGAGUGAAGAUGGCCAACAGGAUGAAUAGAAUUUGUGUAGUAGGGAAGCCGCUUUGAGCUGUUAUUUGCAGGAAGUUUUUUUUUUUUUUUUUUGCUUUCUUUCUUUUAAUUAUCGGCAGUUGUAAGUAAAUGGAUUCGUCUUCCCUCUUUGCAUCUGAUUCUAUCGAGCUUAUCUAUUUUACUC